GGAAUUAUUCCAUGUCGGAGACCCAGCUCUCGGUGUCGAACAGAAACAAAAAGGCCUGCGACUCGUGUAAACGUCGCAAGAACCGGUGCUCGGGCUCAGACCCGUGCGACCGCUGCCUCAAGCUCAAGAUUAGGUGUGUGUACUCGCCGUACGAAAAGCGAAUCUCUGUGCUCCACUCCAAGUACCAGCAGAUGCUCAGUACGAUUGAGCGGCUGCAACAGGAGCUUGCGGCGGCCCGCUCUGCUCGCGAAACGGUGCCGGCUCCGGCCCCAGAUACCAUCGGCCCUAUUUCCUCAUUCAGAACAAGACUAGAGAGUUUGGACAAAAUAAAGAUCCAUCCGCUGGAUCCCGACGUCGUGCCCGCCCGGCUCCCGAAGCCCGACAGGGCACGCGUGCUGGACUAUCUUGAGUCCCUCACCUUCCAGGAGGCCAUGUUUCUUGUCGACCGGCCGCACUUCUUCCUCAACGAUAUUUAUUUCCCGUACGACGUCGAUCUACUGAAAGCGCGACUGUCGCAGACAUACGACCCGUCCAGGCGGUUCAGCAAUCUGGAAGACCACUCUUCGACCCAGUUCCGUGCGCUCUGCUUUGUUGUCAUGGCCCUCGGCACAAAGUAUACCCGCAGCUCCGACCCAAUUACCGGAUAUUUGCUCUCCAGCGCCCUCACGCUGGUGCUGCCCUGCACGCAGAUGAAAAACGAGCCCGAAAACUACGUUGCAGUGGCGACGCUGACGCUUGCAAGCCUGUUUUUCCGCUCGCUGGGCCGCGACGACGACUGCAUGCUCUACUCGAAUAUGGCGAUCCAACUAGCCAGCCACAUCGGGCUCAACAAGAACGAGCCGGCACACAUGCAACAGGAGGCAGACAUCCGCGCGCGCGUCUUCUGGGUCUCGUACGGGCUGAACAAGACCCUCGCGGCGAAAAUGGGCGAGCCGUCGCUCCUGCAGUCCAAAGACAUCUCGUGCCCGCUGCCACAGAUGCUGUGCAAGGAUGUGCCCAACACAACGGCUGCCGCGCAGUUCGCAACCUACAUCAAGCUCAGCGCCAUCUCGGAGGACAUAUUCCGCGCAAUAUACCGACUCGGCAAGACGUCCGACUGGACGGAAACUUUGGGAGGCAUUAUCCAGCAACUGGUUCGGUGGAACGAGACGCUGCCUCGUGAGCUGCAGUUGCAGUACAUUGUCACGUCCGACGACCUCAAACACAAGCGCCUGGUGUGCUCGCUUCAUCUGAACCGCUGUUUCUGCAUCCAUCUCACCACGAUCCCGUUUCUGUACAGUUUGGUCGAGAUGAAGAAGACAGACCCCGAUUUCAAAAUCAGCACCGACCUGUGCGAGCUGCUCACAAUCUGUCUCAACGCCGCGCAGAUGACCGUCUACAUCGCCAACUCGUGCGCCAACGAGGGCAUGCUCGCGACCUUUGGCGUCAUGGACCUCGACUACAUCUACAGCGCGUGCCUGACGUUCUUCAUCUGCGGUGACGUGCUGCAGUUCAACACCGACGAAUGUUCGCGGUUCCUGGACUCGUCGCUCGCGAUCGUCGCGAAAAUGGCCAGCGAGGGCAACAAGGACGCCACCGUCAAGCACACCAAGGUGCAGAACCUGCUUGCCAGCUACCGGCCGCAGCUGCCGGACGUCUCGUCUCCCGGCCUGGAUCUCGCCAGUCUGGACGUUCCAGACACGCUGUGGACACAGAACCCGAUCGAGACGUUUCAGGCGCUCGCAGGCCACGACCUGAACAUCUGGGAGUACGGCUACAAGUCGUGGCAGCACGUGGACGAGCUCUGGGACGACUUUGCGGAAACAUACAACUGAUAACUACAUGCAUGACAUUAGAAUCUAGUUAGGAACAAUUCCGUGCGACGCAAGGUACUCGGCAAUGGCCGCGAUGCACUCCUCAAUGCCGGUGUUGCUGGUGUCCAGGUGGAUUUCUGGUUUUUCGGGAGCCUCGUACGGGUCGUCGAUACCAGUAAAGUUCUUGAUAAGCCCUUCCCUGGCCUUCUUGUACAGGCCCUUGGGGUCUCUCUUUUCGGCCACCUCCAGCGGCACAUCGACAAACACCUCGACAAACGGAAGUCCGGCCUCUUCGUGCAGUUUUCUGGCCUGUGCUCUGUCACCUUUGUAAGGAGAAAUAAAAGACGUGAUAGCAAUGGCAGAUGAGUCGGCAAAGAGCUUCGAAACCUCGGAAAUACGACGGAUGUUCUCCGCACGGUCCUUCUCGCUGAAGCCCAGGUCCUUGUUGAGGCCGAACCGGACGUUGUCGCCGUCCAGUCUGUAAGCAUUGAUUCCCUUGGUCAGCAACAGUCUUUCCAGACCGCAUGCAAUCGUGCUCUUUCCAGACGCACUCAGCCCGGUCAGCCACACGGUGGCACCCUUCUGGCCAGUCAGUUUGUUGCGUUCCUCUGUCGUGAGGUUGUGGUGCCAAGUGAUAUUGCUGGACAUGCUGGGAUCGAGAUUUUUCACCAACUUUUCGUCCUCCAGAGCUUUUUUUCCGUACGCUUAUGAAGAGUCACGUGACCAUCACGUCUCCACAGUUUCUGCCAAAUGCACGAGGGUGGAUAACACUUGGUCGCGGAGGCCCUGGCGCACAUCUUUCUUCUCCUCGACGAGGUCGCCGUAGGCUUUCAUCGUGUCGGAGACGCGUCUAUCCACGUCCUUGGUCACAAGGCCCGCGUCGACCGCUCUUUUGCGGAUGUAUUGCGCCAGUUGCACGUCACUUUGUAGCAGCGCAGCAAGGACGAGACAGUACACCAGCCGGCUGCUGGCGUGAGUUUCUGCGCCCCACCUGGCCAUUGCGGCGUUGUACUCAUCCAACGCCUCGUCCUGGCUGCCGGUCCACGCGUGCAGCAGAAUUUUUGCGCACGCCAUCUGGGGACUGGCCGUCUCGACAAAAACAGGCGCAGCUCCCGUGCGCACGGUCUCGUGUGCGCCGAUGAGGAACUUGAUCUCGUCCAGACUGGCGGCCGGCGGGGCGGUGGCCACUGGCUGCGAUUUGUUCAGGAAAAACCCGCGCGCCUUUGCAAUGGCAGCGGCGGCCUGAGGUAGAGGCUCGAGAAGACUGAUUAAUUUGGUGGCACAUUUUUCAGGGUCCAGAAGCGGCAGAGAGCCGAGCUUUUGGUGCAUGAGUUUCUCGUUUUCGGAUGUUUGGAGCUUUCCCGCGCCGGCAAUCGGCACGAGAUUCUCGAUAAGCACCGAAUUCGGCAGAUCGAGCGUCAGCAAACUCAGUCGCUGUUUGGGCGUGAGGUUUGGCAGCUCCAGCACUUGUUUUCUGACACCCACGUCCAGGGGCAGGGAAGCAAUAUAAGAAUCCAGUUCGAGAGCAAAGAAGUCGGUGACCAGCCGUUUCUGGGACUCUUCGCCCAGAUCGGCGAAACUAUCGGCCUCUAGCUUGAGGAUGUUGUAUGCUUUGAAAAAGGAGAUUUGGAUAUCUUCGGGCUCUGUGUCAGCCUUUUCGCCAUUAACAAGCCGCUCCAGCACUAUGUGCUUCAGUUCGGGGUCCGAGGUGCGGUGUUGCUCAAAGAUCUCGUAGCUGGACCAUCUGCGGCCCGGAUUGGCCAGCAAGACCUCUUUGAGAGUGCUCGGCUCAAGCUUGCCGUUGAUUUGGGCCAGAUGCGGCUGUGUGCAGGCGUAGACACCGAAAUCCAAUCGCGCAAACGUCCGAAUCAGCUCGUUAUAGUAGCGAACCUUGGUUUGUCGUGGAAGAGCUGCCUGGUGAGUCAACUUGCCGAAGACGGUGUACAGCUCGCGCAGGUCGUGUGCCUGCUCGCUCGCGGGUUCCAGCCCGGCGUGGUACCGCACGUGGUCUGCGUAGUACACGGGGUCAAUUCUGGCGAGCGCAGCUGCCGACUGCUUGACAGUAGGGGCGCAAGGUCGCACACGAGAAAGCAUGGAUAAAAUUUUCUGCACAGCCUGAAAGCUAAAAGAGGCAGGCAGAGCUGGAGAAUUAAUUGUGACAACUUGGGGCUCUGGCACAAGAGUCUCACACAAGGCUAAGGACGGUGACUUGUAGCGACAGCGCAAGGACAGACUAGAAGAGGUGGUCUACGGAAGUAUCGUUGUAGAAUAGGGCAAGUGUUAAUAUGGCUGGGUGCAAAUAGUUGGUUUUUACCGUUCGUUUCGUAGCCAGCUCAAUAAA